AUGCAUAGCCGUCUGGCCAAAGUAUUUAUUUUGGCAAGCACUCAUCAUUUGUCAAAGUAUGUGAUAAUUGUGAAUGCCGACAGUCAGAUGUACCGCACGCUGGAAUAUAUUGAAUAUUACUUUGAUCAUAUACGUGUAAUGCAGUAUAUUGUGGUGAUUCAUUCGGAAGAGUAUGGAACAGUACUUGAUGUUGGAUAUUUCAAGACAAAGAGAUUUAUACAGCUCAACGACACCGUUGACUUUGGAUCUAUUUACAACGAUCGACUGAAGGAACUUAAGUUACGGGCGAUCAUUUCGGCAAGCAAACCUUACUCGUAUGUCACGAAUGAUUGGAAGCUAGAGGGAUUAGAUAUUGAAAUAGCCGAGGUGGUAGUCGGUAUGCUGGGAAUACCAUUAUCUUUAACGCUAGUCGAUGCACUGAAUGUCCAGGAAAAGCAAGAUCUUUUGUACUAUCAUAAAACAGACAUGUACCUAACACGGCGAGGAUGCAACUCUAAAUUUCCAUUUCCACAGGCAGAACUUCAAGAGCGAUUAUCUGUAAGACUUAUGAUGCCGACGGAAGCGAAAAUCAACUUUAAUCUUCAAUUUCUCAAACCAUACAAACGGGAGGUUUGGUAUUUGCUAUUGUUUUUGCUUAUAGUAGCUUGUACAUUAAAUUGGAUCUUCAGGCAACGAAUACCGGUGAACGUAAUAAUGGUGAUCGCUUUCGGGUACUUCCAAACUACGAACAGUUUGACAGCGUUGCUAGUGGUGGUUAUACAGUUUCUGAAGUUCAUUCUACUCGAGACGUACCUCGGACAAGUGACAUCGUUUAUGAUCCGGUUACGAUUUCAAGAGAACCCUCAAACGUUGGACGAGUUCUUCGAUUCCACCAUCCAGCUGAACGCUCCGGAAACAAUGAAAACAUUUAUAGGCCAUCUACCAACGAGCUUGUCGAGCAGAUUGUUGAAAAAGCUUCGACAAGAUUUUCCGUUUAACGAAACGACUGGUUACGAGCCUGGGUUUGCUUAUAUCGUUACCGAUUACGCAUCGGAUAUGAUGCAAAAUGCAGCUUCCUACGAUUCAAUGUUUAAUUCGACCUUUUUCUACAUCAUGAAGGAACCGGUGUAUGAGUUUAGAAUGUGCUAUGCGUUUAGUAUGUGGUCAAAGUUUGCUGGAAAAUAUAAGGAAUGUCUUCAGCGACUGUACGAAACGGGCAUCAUUCUCAAGCUAACCAACGAAGCGUGGAGAUUCGCAACCAGAUCGUUGAAGGCAAAUUCAUCGUCCGUUCUGAUGUUUCCUGAUCUGGUGCCGGUGUUUUUAUUCCUGUGCUAUGGUUGGGCGUUGAGUGUGGUAUGCUUUGCAGGAGAGAUCAUCUUGAAACUGGGGCGAACAAUUAUGGUGCGAUACCAGGAUCCUCCCGAACCGCAGCAAACCGUGGGCAGCAAAACACAACAUGCUCCGCCGAAUCCACCACCCCAGGGCAUCUACGGCAGUCUGGGGACGACGUGA